CGUCAUCAAGCGGCGACGGGCUCCGGCCUCCGGCUUCACUCCCUCUAGUGAACCGCGGCCGGGGAAGCGACUCCUUUGGUCCAGCUCCUUAGCCGGGGCUGCCCGGAUCUCCCUCCCACCAGCACCGGCUUUUAGUGUUGAUGACACAGUGUAAUGUUUCUAAAUCCAAAGUAACCAUGGCUUCUGAGGCAUUUGGAGAAGGGGCAGAGUCUUCGUCAACCUUUGCAAAAGCCAGGCACUCGAGCGGUGAUGGACUGGAGCCAUGGGGAAUCAGUGAGUCCAAACCCAUGGAAGAGAAUGACCAACUGAAGGAGAAUGCUUGGAAUAUCGGGAGAACUGAGCCCAUGUCAAAAAGACAGAUGAAGAAGUUAAUGAAGGAGAAACAGUGGCAGGACCAAAAAGAGCAACGCAAGCAAAAGCGUAAAGAGAAGAAACUUAAAAGGAAAUUAGAACGUCAAACUCAGAGCAAGGAAGGGUGUGAAGAGUCUGCCAGAAAACGCUUUAAGAGAGAUGUCACUCCAAGUAACCUUCGUGUAGCACUGGACUGCAGCUUUGAUAGUUUAAUGGUGUUGAAGGAUGUCAAAAAGCUGCAUAAACAGAUUCAAAGAUGUUAUGCAGAAAAUCGAAAAGCAGCACAUCCUGUAAAGAUGUAUUUGACCAGCCAUAGUGGACAGUUGAAGAAGAAUAUGGAUGAGAAUGACAAAGGAUGGGUCAACUGGAAGGGAAUCACUGUUACCUCCGAGCACUUCAGUGAAGCAAUGAAGAAGGAAGAGUUGGUUUAUCUCACUUCUGAUUCUCCUAAUGUGCUGAAUGAUCUGGAUGUAACGAGAGCUUAUAUCAUAGGUGGCUUGGUGGAUCAUAAUCACCACAAGGGUCUAACGUACAAUAAAGCACUGGAGUUGGGAAUCACACACGCCCAACUUCCCCUUGGAAGCUAUGUGAAAAUGGAUAGUCGCAAAGUGUUGACUGUAAAUCACGUAUUUGAGAUAAUCCUAGCCUAUUUAGAGAAGCAGAACUGGCAAGAAGCCUUUUUCACUGUGCUGCCACAACGCAAAGGAGCAGUUCCUGCCUGCCUGCCUGUCAGCACAGAACAAAAUGAGACUGAAGGUGACUCAGACAUGUGUGAUUCUUUAGAAAAUGGGAGAGCAGCACCAGAAGCUCUUGCACAAGAAGACAAACAACCCAGUAAAUUAAAUUGUGAAGAGCAAGGCACAAAAAUUAAUGAAGAAAUAGAUGAUGAAACGUAGCACUCUCCAUUUGAUUAAACAAUGAUUUGAACCUUGGUAAGGCUAAAAUGAUCCAAAAGCGGGACUUUUGAAUUGCCCUCAUGACAUUUUCCAUUUCUUUCUUGUAUUAUCGCAUGACAUUCAAGAUGCUGUGAGUUCAGAGAAAUAUUUUUUUGAGCAAUAUAUUUUAAGCAAGAUUGCUGGUUAAUUGAUUCUACUGGAACUUUCCAAUUGUGUUAAAAGCUUUUGGACUUUAAAAUUGCAAUGCCUGCAGUCAUUGCCGAUGUACAUAUUGGUAUUUUAGUUGCUUUGGGUUGGCUCUCAUUCUGGCCGGAUUGUGCACAGAGCUAUGCCUAAUUGCUUUAUAAAGUGACUGACUAGAUUAAAAAUAUUGUCACUUUA